AUGGGCGACGAGGACGUGAUUCCGUCGACGAGCUUCGAUAGUUAUGAUGACUUGGAGACGUAUUGGAAUUAUUUAUAUCCGUGGGGAUCGGACCACAAUGGAUCCGCUCGUAUGGUAGGCAACAGCACCGACCAUGACCACAUAGCUGUCUCCGACGGCGUGCUCACCCUCACCGCGACGCCUACAUCCGGACAAGGCACUUCAUCGGCCAGCCCGUUCCUUACCAUUGACUAUUUUUCUGGCACCAUCUAUGCCAAGGAGCAGGUGUUGGUGGACGGCACCGAUGCGGUCGGGUACACCGUAUCUGGAGAGUUCAUCGCGCCUACAGCGGUAGGAACAUGGCCUGCGUUCUGGUUGACGGCGGUGGUAGGCUGGCCACCUGAGAGUGAUAUCGGAGAGUGGAAAGGAACGGACAACGUUUGGUUCAACACCUUUAACACCUCCAGCGAAGUCCAUAGCACGACCCCUACCUGGCCCGAUGAUGGGGACUUCCACUCCGUUAGCGCAACUCUCAGAGUCAUUGAGGGAAACACGGAGGAUCUGUCGAUUGAGUACUCUUUGGAUGGUGUAGUCCAGGCGACGGACAUAGCUGCUGGGUUCUACAAUGCUGCGAUGUAUCUGUGA